ACGUAUGGUGAAGAAUUUGUCAGCACGUGGGAUGUGGUAGGAUUUGAUAUAAGACUCAUCCAAACAUACACGUGUACAGCUGCGGAAAGAGUUCACUUCACCUUAGGCGAAGGAAAAAUUAUACUCGCCGAAAUGUCUGUGGUAUCCUCAAGAACUGUCAGCAGUGUGUCAUCUAUGCUGAAAGACAGUGGAGUUAGAGCGCAGUUUAUUAAACAACCUGACAAAAUAUACAAACCUCCAAAAGAUAUUAAAGAUAUAUUACAUAAUUAUAAGGGUAUUAGAAAAAAAGAAUAUGAUAAGUUGAUACAUUCGCUUAAAAAUUGUGUUGUAAAGGAUAGCAAUUUAGCAGAAUUCAUAAAUGAGACAAUGCAAUAUAUCUCCUUGUUAGAUAAUGAACAUAAAUUGUUUGUUGAAGCACUUCUUCAAAUUGACUGGACGACUAGAUCAUCACAAGUGAUUUUUACAUAUAAACUCUUUUUGCAAAAUUUAGCUUGUAUGCAGACGUUUCAUACAAAUAUUGUAAUAAAUUGUCUCGUUGAAUUGUUUAAACCAAAAAAUAAUACCGAACAUGAAAUUGGGCAAUUUAAGGAUGAAGAUAUAGAAAGGCUAAAUCAUAUACAUGAUAUAUUACGUGAAAUUUUGAGAGUAGUACCAAUGUCAAAUAAUGAUUUGCUCGAAGCCAUCGAAUUACAUUUUCCAUUUCAUCUUAUACAUGGCACUUACGUACAUGAAAUUUAUCUCCAUGCAUUAUUAGAAAUGCUAAAUUAUGCACCUCAGCUAAGAAGAAAUAUGUUUAUCCUUAUUAUUCAAAAGCUAGUGACGUUGGAUGUCAAUAUACCUUGUGAAGAAGCAAACAAUAAGGACAUUGUAGAAGAUGAUUGUAUUAAUAAUGGGACAAGUGAUAAUGAUAAUCUGACCAAAAUUAACAGUGACACAGACAAAAGCAGGACUGUCCAUCCAGUUGCACGUAUACUAGACUCAUGCAUGGAAUUAUUUUUCAAAUUUAUACACGAGUUUUGUUUUGUGAAUGACGUUCUGCAAAUAAAGAACCUAGAGAUACUAUGUAAUGAUAUUGUCUAUGCAUUCGAAAAAGAAAUAUUAAAUAUGUACGGCAUUCGAUACGUACAAUAUAUCAUGUUCUACAUAUGCAGUUUUGGAUUUUCUACAAUUAAGGAAAAGUUUAUAAAUUGGUUGUGGCAGAUGGUGGUGAAACCUAAUCCUACAGUGCCACCGAUUUAUCGGCAAACGGCUAUUUGUUAUAUUUCUAGUAUGCUUGCCACUGCCUCAUUUAUCUCUCCGCAGUUAGUGGAAACAAUGAUAUCUAAAAUGACGCAAUGGCUGAACAAAUAUAUCACCUCGCAGGAAUGUUCGGAAUACAUUGAAGAUUGUGCAAAACAUGUUGUAUUUUACUCUGUUUGUCAAGCGUUCUUUUAUUUAUUUGUUGCGAGGUACAAGCAUUUUGUAUUUGACUUAAAAUAUGAAAAAUUUCUUCAGAAUCUUUCUCUUUCAAUAUCCAAAAUUGUUACUUGUAAAUUAAAUCCCUUAAAGAUGUGCGAUACCAAGAUUGUUCACGCUUUUGCCCAAACUACAAGAACAUAUGGACUAGCCUAUUGCGAUACUGUAAUCGAAUAUAAUGAGCGCAAUCAAUUACCUAUUUUUGGAAUGGAAUCCCAUUUGUCUGUUUCAAUUCCUAAUUUUUUCCCGUUUGAAUCUUAUACAUUAGAACAUAGUAGACGAAGAAUAGCUCCUUUAUUUUAUAAUAAUGCAGCAAAUACUGACUGUUCAUCAGUUAAUAAAUAUGAAUAA